AUGAGCAGACAACACUGGUCGGGUGAACGCCUCUACGUAGGCAAUUUACCCUAUGACGUCACCGAACGCGAAGUCGACGACCUAUUCUACAAGUUUGGGCGAAUUCGCGAAAUCGAGGUAAAAAGAAGCCGGAAGCACGAUACGUCUUUCGCUUUCGUCGUUUUUGAUGACAAAUACUCUGUGGAGGAUGCGAUAGAGAGGAGGGAUGGCAUGCGCUAUGGCGAUAUGUGCCUACGCGUUGAACGCGGAGGGGAGCGCCGCGGUGGCCGUGGAGGUGGCGAUGGCGGGUCUUAUGGACCUCCAAGGCGUUCGGCAUUCCGUGUUCGUGUACUUGGCCUCCCGCCGACCGCCAGCUGGCAGGACCUCAAAGACCAUAUGCGCAAGGCUGGAGAUGUUGGUUUUGCAAGCGUUGAAAAUAGGGUAGGUAUUGUGGAGUAUCCUACUCGAGAAGAAAUGGAGUACGCUAUAAAGCGUUUGGACAGAAGCGAAUUUUGCAACAUUUUCCACCGUGCGCAAAUCCGCGUCGAGCGUGAUUACGGAUCUGGGGAAGAUGGAUACGAGCGUGGUGGCCGGCGAAGCCGCAGCAACUCUGUGAGAAGAAAUCGAUCGCGGUCCCCGAGACACGUGUCGUCGUAUGCUGAGCAUGAAUCAUCGUCCAGACGCCGAAGGAGUCGUUCCAGAUCUCCAGCAGCGUGUCAGUCGAAUGCACACUCUGACGCGGAACAGUGUCUGUCGGUGCGUAGUGAUAAAGGAGGCACAGCUGACUCGGGGGACAUUCAUGAGUCGCAUACGCGUCCAAAUUCGCGCUCACGGUCGGGAUCGCCGCGUGCCCAACGUCAUUCUGAGUCACGUGAGCAUGCAGCCUCUCACACCAGUGAGCAGAAAAGGCCAACUGAACCCCGUGGCCGGUCAAGGUCCUGCUCUGGCACCCUACCGCUACAGCCUACGGACCAAAAUCAUUCUGAGGCAUCCAUCAGGGAUUGA